AUGAAGCACAGCGGGUUAAGGGUUAGGGUUAGCUUCACACGCCCGCAGGUGGGGGAGGUGUCUGAGGACGUCCUAUCCUUCCUGUCCGCUUCGGCCGAGUACCACCUCCUCGACGUGAUCAACGACGCCUCCAACUUUCGCGCUCGCGGAAAGAGGUCCCGCCUCACGGUCGAUGACGUUACCGCCUCCCUGGAACUCCGCGGCGCCGAGGGAUCGCUCGUCUGCUCCGGAGGGGGAUCGAAAUCGAAGGACAGCGACGAUUCAGCAACCGCGGACGGCAAGGUUGACUUGAGGAAGGUGGCUAAUGCGACGCUCCCGGUAUGCCCGAUUGAGCCCGGUUUCCACAUGCACUGGCUCGCCGUAGACGGACAGCAACCUCUGCUCCCUCAGAACCCACUCCCUUCCUCCGGCAGAGGCAAGGGGAAGAGCGGAAAGAGGGGCCGGGGGAAGCAGGGCGGGGGCGGGGCGGGGGGCAGCGGCGGCGGUAGCUCCGCCGUGCGUGCACGACUGAGCGAGGAGCUCACCACUUAUCUCCGCCGAUGUUGCGAUGCGAUUUUGUCGCGGGACGAGCCGAAGCGCAGCCGUGCGCUGGCGAGCUUGAGGGAGGACCCGGGUCUGCAGCAACUUCUCCCGCAUUUGUGCACCUUUAUCCAAACAAAGGUGCCGGAGUACCUGAAGCGGCAGAAGGAGCCGGACCAACUGGCGGCGUUGCUGCAGAUGCUCCAGUGUCUCCUCAACAACAAGAACUUCGCAUUCCUCGAGAUUUACCUCGAUCGGCUCUUGCCACCGUUGAUGAGCUGCCUACUUCACAUAGACUUCGAGCGAGCAGGACUCGACACCGGGGGUUCCGCGAACAGCGAUUCCUCUUCGUUUGGGGGUAUGGGAGUGCAUUCCGCGGCGCGCCCCAAGUGGACGCACUGGGACGUUCGGGACUACGCGGCCGAGCUUCUCCGAGCUAUCUGCGACAAGCACGGCAACACCUACCCGACGCUUCAGGCACGAGCGAACGAUAUGUUUGACACCCACGUCGCGAGGCCGAAGACCAGGCUCACCACCCUCUACGGAGCUAUCACAGGGGUGGCUUGUCUGGGCCGCAUGCCGGUGGAGCAGACCCUGGGGCCUAGGGUAGACAGCUUGGCGGACAAGAUCUCACAGUCCUGCCUGGCGGCUACGCUAAGGCGGGAUACGAAGAGCGUGACUGAGGCCAACCAGUGCCGCAUUGCACUGCUGCGAGCGAUAGGGUUUGGGACGAUCGCCUGCACGGACGACUUGUUCGGCGAACCUGGCCUGAAUGCCGAGAGAACAGGCAGAGGGGGCGAGCCGAAGCAAGGCAGCAGCGGCAGCGGCAACCCCGCCGCGGGCGGCAGCGUUAGCGAGGGCGGAGCAAAGAACGGGACUAGUAACAGCAGCGCGAACGGUGCGGCGAGGCCUUCGCACGGCCUUCGCAGACGAGCAGACCGCCUGCGGAAACGCCUGGACAGGUCGUUGUACUCCCCUCUGACGACCAAAUCGGCCGCCGCCGCCGCAGCAGCAGCAGUAGCAGGCGGUGCUACCGGCACCGCAGCAGACAAGGGCAAGGCUGGCAGCAGCGGCGGCGGGGCAGAAGACGACGACGGUGGGAGCGUUGCCGCGGACGGCUUGGACGAGGUGAUCUUCCCGUGGUACGUAGUGGGGCUGAGGAGAGACGGCGCCCCGCAGAGCUGGUGGCUGACGAACAAGCUCAGCACGUUCGUUUGACGGGCGACCGAGCGACGCCGAUGCGCGUCCCUGGGACCCGUUUAGCGCGUGAGGACCGGUGUCAUAUCUCGGAGAGGCGCCGUGUCUUCGACGGGUGUGUCGACUGCGACAACGAUGCCAGGCAGCGAUUGAGCUUUACCCCAGGAGCAGACUGGAACGGCGUAGAGCUUCGCGAAGGGAGUCCGCGCUCUGGGGCGGUGGAUGGUGUCGUGCUCUAUUGCGGCGGGGGUGGUUGCCCCGUCGUGUUCCUCGACAGCGUGCGGUGAAUUGCAGAUCGUCAUGUGUCAUGGAUAGUUGAGUCUUUUAUAGGGGCGGUUGUCGCUGUACUUCUGUCGGGGUAACGCGUAUAGUAAGGGCUUGGUUUCACUCUUGGUGAAGGUUGUACGAUCUGCCAGAUCUACUUCCUUUCGCGUAGGUGCGCUUGCCUUGGCAUGGUGUGGCUAUUUACUCCAAGCUACUCUCGCGUUUCGGCCGCCACCCGAUAGUGUGACACGAAGACGUCUCGCACAAGCGUAAGUUCGCGUUUUGAUUCAACAUGGCUAGCGACGGGGGGGUAUCAGUUUCUAUAGUUUAACUGGAAGGUUCUCGGUGAAGUUCUCGCUUGGCGGGAGAUCCAAUAGAACUUUCUUGAACGGCAACGGUUGA